UGAAUGGAAUUGAAACACUUUUCACGUAGAGUGUCAUCGUAAAUGCAACAAGGUAAAAUGAAAGAGUUCUGGUUUUUCAAUGAGAUUUUUAGCGGUAGGAAUUAAACCAAAUUUUUAUUUUAUUUUAUUUUUGGCGGUUUUUAUUGCUCACAGAAUAUACAUAUAGGCGCUACUUUUUUUGGGCCAUAACACUUGCUAUGAAACACUUUAGAACAUUUAGAACAAAAUUCCUCAUCACCACACUAUACAUGCUUUUAACAUCGCCCACAUAAAGUAUCUACUUCCAAUUCAUUUGUAUCUGGAAACGUAUUCUUAAGCUCAAGACAACGAGUGCAUGUCCACUUUUUUGGUUUGCG